UAUAGUGUGUGUGAUUAUAAACUGCAUCUUUGCCAGAAGAUCAUCGUUUUUAACCUGUGAAAAUGGCCGUCUCACAACCUCGUCAAAAUUUCCACGCCGAGAGCGAAGCUGGAAUAAACAAGCAGAUCAACAUGGAGCUGUACGCCAGCUACGUGUACCAGUCCAUGGCAUUUUACUUUGAUCGUGAUGAUGUUGCCCUGCCUGGAUUUUACAAGUUUUUCAAAGAGUAUUCUGACUGUAAACAAGAGACAGCCCAGAAAUUAAUGAAAUAUCAAAACAAGCGAGGGGGUCGCAUUGUUCUGCAGGAUGUGAAGAAAGCUGACCGUGACGAGUGGGGGUCAGCCAUGGAGGCAAUGCAGGCUGCUCUCGCCCUGGAAAAGAACUCAAACCAGAUCUUCCUGGAUCUCCAUAAAGUAGCUGGUAAACACGGUGAUGCUCAGAUGACAGACUUUAUAGAGGGUGAAUAUUUGGCGCCAUCUGUAGAGAAAAUCAAGACGAUCUCUGACCACCUGACCAAUAUGAGACGAGUUGGAACAGGGCUUGGAGAGUACAUAUUUGACAAGAAGACUCUUGAUGGAGAGUAAGGUGAAGGUGACUGCAUUUUGCGGAGAUUGAUCAUAUACUUUAUUUAUGCUCUUGUCCUCAAAAUGUAAACCACAGCAAUCCUUAGUGGACCAAAAUGUGAAAAUGUUCCAGAUCCAAGACAAACACUUUUAACUGCCAUCACUUUCAUAGUAUAUUUACAAAGUUUGUGUUGUGAUCUAAUCAGUCUGUUAGUUCAGAUUUUAGUACCGGGAUUCCAUUACAAUCACAUAUCCAGAUUUAUGUACAGUGCAAUAUUGAAUAGAUCUUCCUGAUUUUUAUUCUGUCAGUAUUUUCCCAACGAUUCCGCGCAUGGUACUAUACUAUGUACAAUUACCUCUGUUGGCAAACACUGGUUUUCCUACAUUUGUCAUAUUCCAGUGUAUCAUUGAUAUUUGAGAAGUUCUGUACAAAUAAACAAGCAUUAUUACAUUUUGGUAUUAAA